AGUCCAUCUGAAACAAUCAUAUUUGUGUUUUACUAAAGCUUGCUGAGAAAGGUUACAGGCUCCAGCUGACUUAAGCUUGAAAGUCACCCGGCAGACACUUCCUUUCCAUUUUGCCAACAUGGCUUUGAAUGUAGCUCCAGUAAGAGACACUAAGUGGCUGACCCUUGAAGUGUGCAGGCAGUUCCAGAGGGGGACAUGUUCAAGAUCCGAUGAGGAAUGCAAGUUUGCACAUCCACCUAAAAGUUGUCAGGUGGAAAAUGGGCGUGUUAUUGCCUGCUUUGAUUCCUUAAAGGGACGUUGUUCAAGAGAGAACUGCAAAUAUCUUCAUCCGCCAACACAUCUAAAAACCCAGCUAGAAAUUAAUGGCAGGAACAAUCUCAUUCAGCAGAAAACUGCUGCAGCUAUGCUUGCCCAACAAAUGCAGUUCAUGUUCCCGGGGACACAGCUACAGCCAAUGCCCACAUUUCCUGUAGGUCCAACAUUAGGAACUAAUACAGCUAUUAGUUUUGCUCCAUAUCUUACCCCGAUGACACCAGGUGUUGGAUUAGUCCCUACAGAAAUAUUGCCCUCUACACCUGUCAUUGUUCCUGGAAGUCCACCUGUAUCAGUUGCCGGUUCUACUGCUACCCAGAAACUUCUCAGGACAGAUAAAUUGGAGGUAUGCAGGGAGUUUCAGAGAGGAAACUGUGCACGGGGAGAGACUGACUGCCGCUUUGCGCACCCAGCAGACAGCACGAUGAUUGAUACAAAUGAUAACACUGUAACCGUUUGUAUGGAUUACAUUAAGGGUCGCUGCAUGAGGGAGAAAUGCAAAUAUUUUCACCCUCCUGCACAUUUGCAGGCCAAAAUCAAAGCCGCACAACAUCAAGCCAACCAGGCUGCAGUAGCAGCACAAGCAGCUGCUGCAGCUGCAACCAUAAUGACGCAGUCGACUGCCAAAGCAAUGAAGCGACCUCUCGAAGCAACUGUAGAUCUGGCUUUUCCACCUGGUGUCCUUCACCCUUUACCAAAGAGACCAGCUCUAGAAAAAAGCAAUGGUGCCAGCGCACUUUUUAAUCAAAGUGUCUUGCACUACCAACAGGCCCUUGCAAAUGCACAGUUGCAGCAGCCUACAGCAUUUUUUCCAGCAGGGUCAGUUUUGUGCAUGACACCAGCUACCAGUAUUGUACCCAUGAUGCACAGCGCUACGUCCGCCACUGUCUCUGCAGCAACAACUCCUGCAACAAGUGUCCCCUUCGCCGCAACAGCCACAGCCAAUCAGAUCAUACUGAAAUAAUAACCAAGAGUGGGGUAGAGCAUCAAGAAGAUUCACAGAAGAUAGCAAAGCAUUCAUAUUGUACAUACUAUCCAGUCUCCUCCUCUAUAGAGUUGCCACAAACUGCAUGCUAAACAAAAGGAUCUUGUUCUCUUUAUGGACAAACUACAAACUCUUAGAAAGCUAGUGCUGCUAUAUUCUAAAUUGAUACUAUAUAUGGUAUGCGUAAUAUAUUCCAACAUAAAAAUAGUUAACUACCUGAUACCAGCUGUGAUGUUAGUGGGUAAAGUUUACUUUUUAAUAUUUUGUAUACCUGGCUACCACUUGAUAAUACUGACUUCUCUCCUGUCACAUCCAAAACCAAGGGUUUAUCCUGCCCGUCCUAUUGUAUAUUGUAUAUGCUGCGAAACAUUUAAAAUUUAACAAUAUUUUUGUGUUCCAGUGGCUAAUAUACAGUAUUAGAUUGUGAGUAAUACAUUAGAGAUUAUUUUAGCCAUUAAUAGAGAGAUUUAUGAACUUCCCCGUUGUAGAGAAGACCAAGAAGAUAAAGCACUCUCUCAAAUAUGGAAACAAAGGCUUAUUUUAAAGCACAAAUUCAAAGCCUACAAACCGGCCUCACACUCAGUGUACAAAAGAGGAAAAAAACACUUGUGUUGGAAUAGAGGUGAAUUUAAAAUAAAGCAAAAAGGACAAAAAAAGUGUUCAUUUGCACAGUAUGACUGACAUACACAAGAAAGUCUUGAAUACCUUUAUUGUAGUUGUGAGCAAAAUGUUUUUUUUAACCAAGACUUUGCAGAAGUGCCUAAAUUUCACCACAGUUCAACAAACGCAAAAAGUAUAUGACUGCUGCCAACCUCCCAGUUACCAACAAGUGCACGGUUAAGAAAUAUAGCAGGUUGGGUACCAGGUAUUACAGGUAGACAAGGCUUCAGAGGAGGAGUUUUCUUACAUAAUUGAAUGUACAAAAGUAUAUAUAUAAAUAUAUAUAAAUAAAUAUAUAUAUAUCAGUCAGUCACAACAUAAAAGUGACUCUAAUCUAUAGAACAUAUUACAUUUUUCAAAUGUAGUAAGAGUUUUAUUUUGACUCUGUUCAGUGCUCGAGGGGCCUGCAAAACACUGCAGAGCAAUGCAUUACAGGCCUUCAAUGCUGAAUCAUGUGCUAACAGCAGGCAGUGGAGAAAUUCCUAGGAAGAUGGUUGACUGCAGGGUCUAUAGUGUUAUUAAUUUUUAUAAUUGGAUUUAGAGAGUUGUAACAGGAUUACAGCACAAGAUUAAAGAAUAUUGUGUUUAAAGCAUAUUUCAUGUCUGAAGAGUUAUGAAGAGUUGUUGCUUAUGUGAGAAACAUUGAAGACAAAAAAAAAUAUAGAUGAAGCAGAUUCUUGAUGUUUACUUUUACGGUAGGCUGUUGAUUUACAUGGUAUUGUCUGUAAUUAAUAUGUAUUUAGUUAAAGUUUAUUUUAAGCACUAUUGUACCAAAUACUUCAUGUUUCUGUGUUGCACAUUUGUUACACAAAGUAUGUUGUUGUUGAAUUAUGGAUAAGAAAACAGAACCGCUGUUAUACAUAAAUAGUAUACCUAAGUGUUAGAAAUAUGUUAUUUUUUUCUCUUGUAAAAAAGACUAUUAGUGAUUGCAGUAUUUUAAGAAAAAAAAUUUCAAGAGUUGAAUGUAAGCUAUUUUUAAUGUGGUCAGCCUUUUCUAAAAAAAAAAAAAAAAAGGCACUGUAAUUCUAUAAUUGGUAAUCAGGAAAAGAUUCUGCCUUUAUUUUUAUUUUAUUUUUUAUUUUGUAAUAUAUGUAGUGUACAAUGUUUGAUUUCUGCUCUUAUAUUAAAAAGCAGGUCUGAUUACUCAGCAGAACUAAAUCAAAAUCCACUUGAAAGAGAGUAUUUUAAUAUUGCUCAUAUCACUGUGUCUUCAGAGGCAAAGGUGACCUAUACACGUUUAUGCUCUAAUCUAUGCUGAUAUUUUUAUUAUUAUUACUUUCUGGAUCAGUGACCAGCCAUCAAUUUUGUUAUUUUCAACCAUGUAACCAAAUACAGCCCGUUACAUGUACAGGAAGUACAAUUUUAGAGGCAGUGUUAUAUACUAUACCAAUAUAUUUUCACUCAUAACAACCCCUACAUUGACAAAUAUUGCUUGCUUGGGUACCACAUAAGUUCACUUAUUACGAAAAUUGCUUUAAAUGUAUGUAUAAUAGUCAUAUUACGAAUGUGAAUUUUCCACACAAAUUAUUUUCUUUUCUUUAUUGUAGGUUACAACAUCAUACUUAUCAUUAUACAGUGUAUCUAUUCUUUCCAAUUACAAGGGGGGGAGUGUCUAAAAAUUUAAGGAUGUAAAUGGCUGGCCUGUGUUUAAAUUUUUACUUAUACCUAUAUUUUAUUAUUUUCAAAACAAAAUUUACUUUUGGAUGACUUGUGUUUUUGUAUUUUGGUUUUUGUAAUGUCCUCUAAUUAAAGUAGCCUCUUAAACAAAGCAUAAGGUAUGUAAUGCUUCUGUUAUAGUACAGCAAGCUCUAUGGACUGCAUCAUUAGAGAAUACUCACACUAGCAUCUUUUGAUGAGUAUAUAUUGUUAUCAGAUCUGUAGUUCUUGCACUUUAAUUUAAAGGGGUAUUCCAGGCCAAAACUUUUUUUUAUAUAUCAACUGGCUCCGGAAAGUUAAACAGAUUUGUAAAUUACUUCUAUUAAAAAAUCUUAAUCCAUCCAAUAGUUAUUAGCUUCUGAAGUUGAGUUGUUUUUUUCUGUCUAACUGCUUUCUGAUGACUCACGUCCCGGGAGCUGUGCAGUUCCUAUGCGGAUAUUCUCCCAUCAUGCACAGCUCCUGGGACGUGAUAUCAUCAUUGAGCAGUUAGACAGAAAACUUCAGAAGCUAAUAACUAUUGGAAGGAUUAAG